AUGAAUUCCGAACUCUACAACGCAGACUUCCUAGCCUCGCCGGUCGAGAUGGUCGAUACGACUCUGUCGGCCGGUAGACGCAGUCUUCAAUCACAUAGCAGGACUAUGUCGGCCGCUGCAGACUUUUCAUCCACCACGAAACGAAGUCGAAAUUCAGUCCACUUUCCAAUGCAAUUGACAGCUUUGCGCGAGCAACCCGUUGCUUUUCCCACCAACCGGGAUGUAAACUCGACCGGGACCACUACAACCGGAUGUUUCUUGACCGCUCUUGCGGCGCAAGAACGCAAAGUCUUGGAAUUGCGUGAGGAUCUCCACCGUGCAGAAGUGGAUCUCAGCAGAUUGAAGAAGCAAUGGGCUAGGCAUGAGGAGAUUAAGAAGAAAAGAUUGGAUGAGGCGCCAGCCGCAAGCUCGCCGGACGCACCAGCAACGCCGCUGGUGGCUCUGGACGACAUGGAGACGAGUGAUGCCAGCGUCAGAGCCCAAAAGGCAUUGGAGCGACGCAAAGCACUUUUGCAGGCGAACAAGCCUAGCAAUCGAACCGUCUUUUCUGGCUCGCGGCACACGCGGAAACUGUCCUUGCUUGCUACAAACGUCGAUCUGAGCAAGCUCUCCUUGCAGCCAACGACUUCCACUGAAAUAUCUCCCGACGAGAGCCCUGGCAGUUCUGACGCAAGCAAGGUCUCUUCAGACACAGUUUCUCCGAGAGAGCAACCGGGGCCACUGUCCCCAGGAAUUGACCUUGGAAUCAAUCUCCUGGACCAUGCGAUCGACCACGAGUUGUUCAUCCGCACAGGAAAGAAAUUCGCAGCGGAUUUCAAAGAUGGCUUAAUCACCUUCUGGGAAGACAUCCGGCAGGCGACGGUUGGAGAAGAAGCUACACAACCCACCAUCCCGCGGAAAGGCUCGACACAGACCUUACGCGCACCCCGGAAACAAGGUAGCAAGAACAAUUUGCAAUCCUCGUCUCGGAGUUCGCUGGCCUCUCCAACAUCGAGUACGGACACAAAACGCCCCAGUCCUGGAAACAAAUCGUCUGCUUUGCCGGAUUUGGCAGACACCACAUUCUGGGCCGAGAAUCUCCCAGAAAACGCACCAACAAUCACAAGCGUAACGCCCUCGGCUCAGAACGCUGCAUCCCCUAGUUCACCGCAAGCAGUCACAGAGGAGGAUGACUCGUGGGAGACCUGGAACGACAGUCCUAGACAAUCUCGUCACUCAUCAGAUAUGGCGUCAGAAACGAACACAGCUCCAUCCACCGUCUCGGCAAGUCCGAGGACAAGCACAAGCACGAACCCUGACAGCAGCGAAUUCAUCGACAAAGACUUGAUUCCAUGGCCAGUAUUGAGCAAAUUGGGACCUGGCGCUUUGCAGCGGACCGCCAGCACAUUGAUGCGAGAGUGGGAAAAGUCAUUGAGCCCCACUACAACGGAGGAUAAUGAUGAUAAAACGGGAGAUCUAAAGAAAGACUAG